AUGGUGUGCGAGAAGUGUGAGAAGAAACUCGGUACGGUAAUCACUCCCGAUACGUGGAAAGAUGGCGCGAGAAACACUACAGAAAGUGGUGGCCGCAAGUUAAAUGAAAACAAGGCAUUGACCUCAAAGAAGGCCAGGUUUGAUCCUUACGGAAAGAACAAAUUUGCAAUAUGUCGGAUUUGUAAGAGUUCUGUCCAUCAGCCAGGGUCUCACUAUUGUCAAGGAUGUGCCUAUAAAAAAGGCAUCUGCUCAAUGUGUGGCAAGAAAGUCUUGGAUACGAAGAACUACAAGCAAACUUCUGUCUAAUUGUAUUGAACUAGUCUUUUUAUGAACUUUAACUUCUGCAUCUUUGUGGAGUAACUUUUCUCUAAAAUAAUUUGUGAGUAUUACUUUCUGGAAGAUAAUACAUUUACUUGGAAUGAGAUGAAAGGUAAAGACAGCCUGAUUGUUUGCCUAGAAAUGUACGUAAUAUUUGGUUUUUGUUGUUUUAGCACUUAUGUUAACUGAUAUUUAAAGGUAAUGGUUUGCAGCAACUGAUAAAGUUCAAAGUGAAUGAAAAGAUCCUAGUGGAUAGGUUGAAACUAUGUUACCAUCAUAACACAGAUUUUGAGAUUAACACUUUUAUUCUUUUGCUGUAUCUUGAGUCUUCUGCUUGUUUGAUAGUAAUAUUUUAUAGAUGUAUAAAAUAUGAGCUUGUAUCUCCUCAUUAAAGUAGUAUCUUCAUUUA